CUUGUGCUACAUUUGUGAAGUGUGUUUGAAAAUAAGAAAUAAAGUGAAUUAAAAAUGACUGGUCGUGGUAAAGGUGGUAAAGGCUUGGGAAAAGGUGGCGCUAAACGUCAUCGUAAAGUGUUGCGUGAUAACAUCCAAGGUAUUACCAAGCCAGCUAUUAGACGUUUGGCUCGUCGUGGUGGUGUAAAACGUAUUUCUGGUUUGAUUUACGAAGAAACUCGCGGUGUCUUGAAAGUGUUUUUGGAAAAUGUUAUUCGUGAUGCUGUCACCUAUACUGAACACGCCAAGAGGAAAACCGUCACCGCCAUGGAUGUUGUCUAUGCUUUGAAGAGACAAGGACGUACUUUGUACGGUUUCGGCGGUUCUGGUUUCUUGACUGGUGAUGCCUUUUUGGGCUUGGCUGCAACAGCGGUUUUUGCUUUGGGUGCUUUUGGUUUAGUUGCUGGAGCCUUUUUGGUGGUUUUUGCUUUAACUGUGCCAGUCUUCUUAGCAGUUUUAGCACUGACCUUUUCGGUCUUCUUCUUCUCAGCAGUCUUUUUAGCGGCAGAUGGUUUUUUAGCUGAGACUGCAGCAGCCUUCUUCUUGGCAGCGGCGGCUGACUUUUUCUUUUUUGAAUUAAAAAUGACUGGUCGUGGUAAAGGUGGUAAAGGCUUGGGAAAAGGUGGCGCUAAACGUCAUCGUAAAGUGUUGCGUGAUAACAUCCAAGGUAUUACCAAGCCAGCUAUUAGACGUUUAGCUCGUCGUGGUGGUGUAAAACGUAUUUCUGGUUUGAUUUACGAAGAAACUCGUGGUGUCUUGAAAGUGUUUUUGGAAAACGUUAUUCGUGAUGCUGUCACUUAUACUGAACACGCCAAGAGGAAAACCGUCACUGCCAUGGAUGUUGUCUAUGCUUUGAAGAGACAAGGACGUACUUUGUACGGUUUCGGCGGUUAAACACACCAUUUAUUU